AUGCAAGAAUUGAAACGUCGAAAGCUUAAUGAUCAACUGAAAAAUUAUCAAUUGGAACUUCAAUAUUAUGAAGAUUUGUAUCAAACAGAAAUCAAUAUAUGUGAAUCUAAACUCAUAGACCAUCGUCGUCAUUUAUUAUCAAAACAUCAAAUAGUCGAUGUCUAUCCACGAAUCAUUGUCGACGUUUCUAAAGAAUCAUUGAAUCGAUUUCAAUUAGAUUAUCUUUCACAACGUGGACCUAAUUAUAUCAUACCAAAUCAAAAUUCUCUUCACUCUUAUAAACAUCAAGAAAAACAUGUACAGCAAGAACAUAAGAACAUUAUGAAUGUGAUAACUCGUUAUCUUAUCCGUGAGCAUCAUAUUCCACUAACAGCAACAGUUCUCAGAGAAUUUUUUCAACAACUUGAAACAUGCCUGCGUCAACAAUAUAUGACUCAAGUAUCUUAUCUAAACAUAUAUCGAGCACAAAAAGAAUUAAAACAAAUGAAAUCGAUUCAAUAUAGACUAAAGAAAGGAAACUGUAUUCUUCGCGAGACCGAUAAAAGUGGAAUUUUUCAUAUUGGUAAUUCAGUUGAUUAUGAAAAGAAAGAAGAAGCUUAUCGAUAA